AUGUUGAUGGUUGGCCAACAAAUUUCAAAUUUUCAUUUGAAAAAGUGUACUUAUUACUUUGAGAUUGCUGUAGCAUUAGCAGUUGCUGCUAUCCCAGAAGGUUUGCCAGCUGUGAUCACUACUUGUUUGGCACUUGGGACCCGUAAGAUGGCCCAGAAGAAUGCCCUUGUCAGGAAAUUACCAAGUGUUGAGACUCUUGGGUGUACAACAGUGAUCUGUUCUGAUAAAACUGGUACUCUUACCACUAACCAAAUGGCUGUGGCUAAGCUUGUUGCUAUGGGUCCUAGAGCAAAUGCUGUUAGAUCCUUUAAUGUGGAAGGGUCCACAUAUAACCCAUCAGAUGGAAAAAUACAAGAUUGGCCAGCUGGCAAAAUGGAUGCCAACCUUCAAACAAUUGCAAAGAUUGCUGCUUUGGCUAAUGAUGCUAGCAUUGAGCGAUCUGACAAAGGGUAUGUUGCUGGUGGAAUGCCUACUGAGGCAGCACUAAAGGUUCUUGUUGAGAAAAUGGGACUUCCUGCGGGUUUGGAUUCUGGUUCAUCUAAAAAUUACAACGACCUUAUGGGUUGUUCUCAUGCAUGGAACCAAAAUGAGCACAGGAUUGCCACUCUUGAAUUUGAUCGUGAUAGGAAAUCUAUGGGGGUUAUUGUAUCCUCAAACUAUGGGAAAAAGUCCCUGCUUGUAAAGGGUGCUGUUGAGAACCUGUUAGAAAGAAGCUCCUACAUCCAGUUGUCAGAUGGGUCUGUUGUUGAACUUGACCAGAAGGCAAAAUCAGUAAUCUUAGACAGCCUUAAUGAAUUGUCCUCAAGUGCAUUACGUGUAUUGGGUUUUGCAUACAAAGAUGACCCUUCAGAAUUUGUAACAUAUAAUGGCGAUGAAGAACAUCCUGCUCAUAAACUUUUACUUAAUCCUGCCUCUUAUCCUUUAAUCGAAAGUAAUCUUACCUUUGCUGGCUUAGCAGGACUUCGGGAUCCUCCUCGUAAAGAGGUGAGGCAAGCAAUUGAAGACUGCAGGGAAGCUGGGAUUCAAGUAAUGGUGAUAACAGGAGAUAACAAGAAUACAGCUGAAGCAAUUUGUCGUGAGAUAGGUGUAUUUGGUCCAAAUGAGGAGAUAAGUUCAAAAAGUAUAACAGGGAGACAGUUUAUGGAACAUCAUGACCAAAAAGGUCAUUUGGCACAGAAAGGAGGGCUGCUUUUUUCUAGGGCUGAGCCACGUCACAAGCAAGAGAUUGUAAGGCUGCUAAAGGAUGCUGGUGAAGUGGUUGCCAUGACUGGUGAUGGUGUAAAUGAUGCACCUGCUUUGAAAUUGGCUGAUAUUGGGAUUGCAAUGGGCAUUGCUGGAACUGAGGUUGCAAAGGAGGCUGCUGACAUGGUUCUGGCUGAUGAUAAUUUUAGCACGAUUGUGGCUGCAGUUGGAGAAGGCAGAUCCAUUUACAACAAUAUGAAAGCCUUUAUCCGGUAUAUGAUUUCUUCAAAUAUUGGUGAGGUUGCUAGCAUCUUUCUAACUGCUGCCAUUGGGAUUCCAGAAGGCCUGAUUCCAACAAAAUACAUCAUGAAAAAAGCCCCCCGCAGAAGUGACGAUUCCUUGAUUAGUCCUUGGAUUUUAUUCCGAUAUCUCGUGAUUGGACUUUACGUAGGGUUAGCAACCGUGGGCGUUUUCGUCAUUUGGUUCACUCACGAUUCUUUCCUAGGCAUUGACCUCAGCGGAGACAAUCACAGCCUAGUCACCUUCUCCCAGCUCAGAAACUGGGACCAGUGUAAAACAUGGGAGAAUUUUACCGUUUCGCCCUUCAAAGCUGGCGACCAAGUUUUCAAUUUCGAUUCCAACCCUUGUGACUACUUCCAUACGGGAAAAGUCAAAGCCAUGACCCUAUCCCUUUCCGUAUUGGUCGCAAUCGAAAUGUUUAAUUCUCUAAACGCCCUUUCAGAAGACGAGAGCCUGUGACCAUGCCACCAUGGGUCAACCCAUGGUUACUUCUUGCAAUGUCAAUCUCAUUUGGCCUUCAUUUCUUGAUUCUAUACGUUCCUUUUCUUGCCCAAGUUUUUGGGAUCGUGCCUUUAAGUCUGAAUGAGUGGCUGUUAGUGUUGGCAGUUGCUUUACCUGUUAUUUUGAUUGAUGAGGUCCUUAAGUUUGUGGGUAGGUGGACAAUUGGGGCACAAACGAGGGCAAAAUCGUCAAAGCACAAGGUAGAGUGAGUGAUACCACAAGGUUCAGUCAGUGAAAACAAAACUUGCUGAUAUUUCUUAUAAUGCUCGCAAUCUUUAAUGACCUGGUAUUGUGGCAUUGAUUUAUUAUACUAGUUUUGACUUCUGAUAGAAUUAGAAAGCUAUUUUUCUUUAUGUUUUCAGUAUUAGUUUUUGAAACAAAACUGGAACAUAUUUAAUACCAUGUUCUAUCAUGCCUUCUUUGUUGCAAUCUUUGUGUGUUACUUCCAUUUUCUUCCUUUUGCAUUGGUUGCAACUUUUAGUGAUAGACAAACUUUCAGUUAGAAAAUGUAACACUUUAUGAAGCAUAGAGUUUAUGAAUUUAUAUAAAAGUAAAGAUCAAGAC